UGGGGGCUGCUCCUCCUCGCGGAGGUCAGCUUUCUUCUGUGUCCGGUGCUCGUUAGGAUGCUGACCUACCCCUCUCCUUCCUCUUGAGCAAAGGCCUUCCCGCCGCCUGUCUUUCAGUCCCCUGUUCCAUGCGCCAAGACGCCAAGGUCGCAUUUCCGCGGUGUCUCUGGGCUACUCCAUCAUCUCUGAGUAAAAAUGGCGGGGCAGGCAGAGGGCGGGGCCCCGCUGUCACCUGGCCCACGUGCUGCGAGCUUGUUCUUCGAAAACAGAGCGAUGCUGAUCCCAGGAAGAACGACGGGACCUCCUUAGCUUGAGCCACGGAGGUUACUCUGGACAGUGUCACUUGGUGGAGGAAGAGGCCUGUGAGACCUUGGUUGACAGCCAGGUAGUUGCCACUUGCCUGCCACCACCCAGCCAAGUGGCAGCCCAGAGCCCAGGAACAGCAAGUGACUACAGGUCAUAGAUACAGUGAGGAGAUGAGUGUGGGGAUGACCCCCUCCGCUUCUCUCUCCCCAGCCUCAGACACAAGCACGGUAAAAUCCGCCUUCUCCCUUGUGGACUAUGUGGUCUUCAUCUUGCUGUUGGUUCUCUCCCUUGCCAUUGGGCUCUACCAUGCCUUUCGUGGCUGGGGCAAGCAUACCAUUGGUCAGCUGCAGAUGGCAGACCGCCAGAUGAGCUGCCUUCCUGUGGCGCUGUCCCUGCUGGCCACCUUCCAAUCGGCUGUGGCCAUCCUGGGUGUACCAUCCGAGAUCUACCGAUUUGGGACCCAGUAUUGGUUCCUGGGCUGCUCAUAUUUCCUGGGGCUGCUGAUUCCUGCACACAUCUUCAUCCCUAUCUUCUACCGCCUGCAUCUCACCAGUGCCUAUGAGUACCUGGAGCUUCGAUUCAAUAAAACUGUGCGGGUUUGUGGGACCAUGACCUUCAUCUUUCAGAUGGUGAUCUACAUGGGGGUUGUGCUCUAUGCACCAUCAUUGGCCCUCAAUGCAGUGACUGGCUUUGAUCUGUGGCUGUCAGUGCUGACCCUAGGCAUUGUCUGUGCCCUCUAUACUGCUCUGGGUGGGCUGAAGGCAGUCAUCUGGACAGAUGUGUUCCAGACACUGGUCAUGUUCCUAGGGCAGCUGGCAGUUAUCAUUGUGGGGUCGGCCAAGGUGGGCGGCUUGGGACGUGUGUGGGAUUUGGCUUCCCAGCAUGGCCGAAUCUCUGGGAUCGAGCUAGAUCCAGACCCUUUCGUGCGGCACACUUUCUGGACGUUGGCCUUCGGAGGAGUCUUCAUGAUGCUGUCCUUGUAUGGGGUGAACCAGGCUCAGGUGCAGCGCUACCUCAGCUCCCGCACGGAGAAGGCUGCUAUACUCUCCUGCUACUCGGUCUUCCCUUGCCAGCAGGUGGUCCUCUGCAUGGGCUGCCUCAUUGGCCUGGUCAUGUUCGCUUACUACAAGGAAUAUCCCAUGAGCACUCAGCAGGCUGAGGCAGCCCCUGACCAGUUCGUCCUGUAUUUUGUGAUGGAUCUCCUGAACGGCCUGCCAGGCCUGCCUGGGCUCUUCGUCGCCUGCCUCUUCAGUGGCUCCCUCAGCACCAUAUCCUCUGCUUUUAAUUCAUUGGCAACUGUUACGAUGGAAGACCUGAUUCGACCUUGGUUCCCUCACUUCUCAGAAGUCCGGGCUACCAUGCUUUCCAGAAUCCUUGCCUUUGGCUAUGGGCUACUUUGUCUGGGGAUGGCCUAUAUAUCCUCCCAGAUGGGACCAGUGCUACAGGCAGCGCUCAGCAUCUUUGGCAUGGUUGGGGGGCCGCUGCUUGGACUCUUCUGCCUUGGGAUGUUCUUUCCCUGUGCCAAUCCUUCUGGUGCCAUUGUGGGCCUAUUGGCUGGACUCAUCAUGGCCUUCUGGAUUGGCAUUGGGAGCAUAGUGACCAGAAUGGGCUCUGGCAUGGCACCCUUGCCUUUUAAUGGGUCCAGCUCUUCCCUGCCUAGCAAUCUGUCCACUGUCACCAUGACCACGCUGAUGCCUUCGACCAUACUCUCCAGGCCCACAGGGCUGCAGCGUCUCUAUUCCCUGUCAUAUUUAUGGUACAGCGCUCACAACUCCACCACGGUCAUUGUGGUGGGCCUGAUUGUCAGUCUCCUCACUGGAGGAAUGCGGGGCCGGACCCUGAACCCUCGGACCAUUUACCCAGUGUUGCCAAGACUCCUUGCCCUCCUGCCUGUGUCCUGUCAGAAGCGGCUUCACUGCAGAAGCUACAGCCAGGACCUCUCUGAGGACACCACAGUGUUCCCGGAGAAGAUGAACAAUGGGGUGCUGAAGGGCCGCAGAGACGAGGCCCUGGCAGUGCCUGAGGAAGGCCCCGUCCACCAGGGGAGCAGCCCCACCUUCAUCCUCCAGGAGACCUCACUGUGAUCUGGAUUCAGGAACCAGCCUGAGUCUACCCUGUGGUACAGGGAUGAGCUACUUGAUGCAUUCUGCAGUGGACUAGAUGACCAGGUGACCUAGCCCACACCAAAGGACCUUGUAUCUUAGGGGUCUGUGCUAUUGUGGAAGCUGUCAGGUCAUGGGAGGUAUGUGAAUGGGACAAGAAUUUUGACAGAAAAGAGGAUAGAGGGGAAUUCUAUGGGAAAAGGAUAAUGGCUUUUGAUUCAACUUAGCCAAGCUCUUUCGAAGUGGAUGGAACCUGCAGUGCAGGUUCCGACUGCCACAGGGCCUGAUCUGGCAAGGUUGACCACACACUACCUGUUGCUUCCCUUGUGUCCUCUCUAAGCCAAAAAGGGCCCCUCUGACUACUUUCAGGUUGUUUGUGAUACCCAGGCCCCUCUUAUUCUAAUGUGUCUACUCCAUUCUUGAGGGGGGUCUUGGUAUUCCUGUGAAACCUCUUGGAGUAGACCAGUGCAUUCAUCUCCUUUGUGUAGAUUAGGAGAAGCUUUCCACCCCACUGCCUCUAGCCCCACCUCCAGUGGGCACUUGAGGAUGGGGUAGAUAUUGAUCUAAGAAACCAGGGAGUGACCAGGUCCACUGUGCAUUGUCCAUCUGACUCCUGAGCCACACCACCCUAGUAUCAUUUUGUUAUUUGUGCUCCUGUUUUCCUUUUGGUUUCUUCCUCACAUAUUUUUGUUCCCAGGGAAUAAAAACUGCU